UCCACGUACGGCAUGGUACUUCACAUUGCAUCCAAAAGCUUCCUCGAUACCGCGACAUUUUUUUUUCUUUACUGGUAUACGCUCUAUAAUGGUCACACCCGGCGUUUUGGUUUUGGGCUCCACAUUACACGGGCGAGGAGCCGUUUGCCGUCCGUUCAUGUCCGAUCACAUGGAUGAUGCACCAUCGCACUGCCCUGGGAUCUAUCUGGUUCUGAUACCCUAGAAAAGGGUAGAGCAUCGAUCAGGUGAAAACAAAAUUGUACCACUUAAUGGUGGUUGGCGUGCCGCGGCCGCUCGCUUCAUCUUUCUUUUGUGCGCAACGACUUCGAGAUGCGACCCCGAUUAAGUUUGCACGACAAGACUCUCGCCUCAGUCUAAGGAAAUUGCGUCAUUUACGAACGGAUUCCAACGAGACACCUCACUUGACGAACUUGAAAAAAAGUUUGGGGACAGUAUAUAUUUUUGCACAUGUUCAUGUUUUAUUGUUGGGUGUGACAGAUGACGGUUUCUGUCCACGAAAAAGGGUCUACAUGAUGGGGUUCAUGCAUUGCGUUCUAGCGGGUAAAACGGGGAAUAUGGGAUGGGUUUUCUUUGGUAUGAUACGUUGUUCUUCUGCUUUUCUGCCCCGAGGCUGGAUUGAUGCCCUCGCGUCCCUCGGACAAGCCGACGCGCAGAUGAGCUCACCAGUUCCACUCGGUGGCUGUUUUUUUUACGAUCUUAGACGUUGUCUUCAUGGUUUCGGCAUCAGUAGAGGAGGGGGCUCUAUUAGGAAGUUUGCUUCUUUUGCACCGGCUUAAUGGGGAAUCAUUUUGGUUGGGUGUCUUCAAGCUACCGCAUCGGUUUAUUCUUCAUGAUAUGGAAUGAUAUUUUAUGGGACUGGCGGCUGACUUGGCCCGGGACAAGAGGGCAAAGGGACCGCUUGGUGAAGAUGUUUCGAGUCUUGUUUGCCGUCUCGAAAGGCG